AUGACUGCUCCAAAAAUUGCUGUGGAUUCUGUUAAACAUCCAAAACAAUCAUUCAGAAAAAAAUUCUUUAAUUCUGAUAAUUCACCUCCAGAAAUUUUUAAUAAAACUUUAUACCUUUCAGUUUUUGUAUUUGGUGUCUUAGGUUGUGCUCGUGGGUUAGAUGAAGGUGGUAUUUCAGGUUCUGUUGCUCAAGCUUCUUUUAAAAAACAAUUUGGACUUUCUGAUGAAUCCAAAACUGAACAUGAAAUUGCUCAAUUAAAAUCAAAUAUAACUUCAAUGGUUCAAUUAGGUUCUAUUGGUGGUUCUCUCUUAGCUAUGUAUUUGGUUGAUAAAUUUGGUCGUAUAAAAACUUUACAAGGUGUUUGUGUUGGUUGGAUUGCUUCAGUUGUUAUUCAAAUUACCGCUUCAAAAGUUGGUCAAUUAUAUGCUGGUAGAUUAUUAGAAGGUUUAGCUAUUGGUCAAACCGUUGUAUUAGGUCCAACUUAUUUAAGUGAAAUUGCUCCAAAAGCUAUUAGAGGUCUUUGUACUUGUGUAUUUGCAGGUGCUGUUUAUAUGGGUAUUAUGUUGUCAUAUUUUAGUCAUUAUGCUACUGCGAUUCAUAUGAGUCCUAGUAAAAGAUUACAAUGGGUUUUACCAACUUCUUUGAAAAUUAUUAUUGCUGGUUUAUUAUUUAUUGGUACUUGGUUUUGUAAAGAAUCUCCACGUUGGUUAAUGAAAGUUGGUAAUAUUAAUCAAGCUUAUAAAAAUUUAUCAAAAAUUAGAAAUUUACCAGAAGAUCAUCCUUAUGUUCUAAGUGAAAUUUCUGAUAUUCAAGAACAAAUUAAUGAAGAAACUGAAGAAACUAAAGAUACUUCAAUGUUGGGUGCUUUUAAAGAAUUAUUAUUUGUCCCAUCUGUUAGAUAUAGAUUAUGUUUAGGUCUUGGUGUUCAAAUCUUGGGUCAAUGGUCAGGUGCAAAUGCAAUUACAAUUUAUAUGCCAGAAUUAACUGCAUUAGUUGGUUAUUCAGGUACAAGAAAAUUAUUAAUGACUGCUAUUUUAGGUGUUGUUAAAUUUUCAUCAGCUUAUCUUUGUGCUUUUUUCAUUAUUGAUUUCCUUGGUAGAAGAAAAUCUCUUUAUAUUGGAUUAACAAUUCAAACUAUAACUACAUUAUUUUUUGCAUUAUUUAUUGCUAUUGUCCCAAAAGUUGCAGAUGAAGAAUUUGAAAUGUCACCUUCUGAAAAACAAGCUGGUGUUGCAGCUUUAGCUAUGUUAUAUUUGAAUGGUGUUGGUUGGACUAUGGGUUGGAAUUCAAUUCAAUAUUUAAUUAAUUCUGAAAUGUUCCCAUUAAGAGUUCGUAAUAUUGGUACUGCAACUAUUAUGGCUUUCCAUUUUGCAAAUCAAUAUGGUAAUACAAAAGCUGUUCCAUUAAUGAAUAUUGCAUUACAUCAUAAAGGUACAUUCUUCUUCUUUUUCGCUGUUUUAUUAAUGGGUUUAUUCUUUUGUUGGUUUUUUGUUCCUGAAAUUAGUGGUAGAUCAAUUGAAUCUAUGGAUAGAUUAUUUGAACAAAAAUGGUAUUUAAUUGGUAGAUAUGGUGCUGAAUUAGCUCCAGAUACUUCAGGUGUUAAUCAUGUUCGUUUUGUUGAAGAUGAAUCAGGUAAAGGUGAAUUGAAAAUUGAUGAUGAUGAUAAAAAACAUAAUGAAGAAUUUAUUGAAAAUGCAAGUUCUGUUGGUAAUUUAACAAAAUCUCAAACUCAAACUACAACUACUCAAACUAAUAUCACUUCAAAUGAUUCAAAUUCAACUAAUAGUCAAUCAAAUCUUGAAUUGAAUAAUCUUGAUUUAGAAAAAGGUGAUGCUGCAGGACGUAAUGUUCAUUAG